AUGCUAAUGUUAAACACUAAAAACAAUGAUAUGGAAAAUUCGAAACUUAUUGUCAGCAUCUAUGUUCAUACGGGAGUAAAUUAUUAUCGAAAAAAUGAAUUUAAUGUAGGAUUUUAUUAUUCAAAGCUUGCUGAAGAUAUACAACAAAAAAUAUAUCCAAAUGGUCAUUUAGAUUUAGCUCGAACUGUUAACACACUUGGUGCAAUUUACUUUAUGAGAGGCUGCUAUAACUUAGCUCUUAGUUAUUCGAAAAAAUCUCUAAGUAUAAGUGAAAAUAUGUUAUCUUCGAAUCAUCCCUAUUUGGGCGUACUUAAUAUGAACAUUGGACUAGUUUUCAAUGAAAUGGAUGAAGUUGAGCUAGGAAUUAAUUUUGGAAAAAAAGCAAUUGAAAUUUACGAGAAAAUUACACCGUCUGCUCAUGGUAAUAUGGCACAGGCGUUUAUAAAUCUCAGUCAUUCAUAUGACCUCAAAGCUAAUUAUUAUCAAGCAUUAGAAUUGCAUAAGAAAGUCAGCUCAAUAUUGGAAAAAAUACUUCCAUCAGACCAUCAACUAAAUGCACAUAAUUUAUGUAGAGGUGGAAAAAUUUAUUAUCAUUUAAAUCAGACUGAUCUAGCAUUAGAAUGUGAAUUAAAAGCGUUGAAUAUUUACGAAAAAUAUUCCAAUAACACACAGAUAGCAACGGAUCAUUCAAAUAAAACGUCCGAUUCUUCGUUGAGAUACGACGGUUUAUGUUAG